AUGCUUGUAAUAUAUAAUAAUCAAGAGUUUAAUUCACAGACAAAAUACGGAGAUUUGUACGAUUGUGUCGACUUCUAUAAACAACCUGCAUUUGAUCAUCCUCUAAUGAAAAACCAUUCUUCCCAUCCACAGAUGAGACCAAGUUUUGUACCAAAAUGGAAAGAAGCUAGAAAUGAGGUGUUGGUUGAGAAUAUGCAAUUAGAAGAUGGAGGAUGUCCCGAGGGAACUAUUCCAAUCCGACGAUGGAGUAAAGAUGAAUUUAUCCAAAUAUCGCAAUUUACAAAAGAUUAUGUUUCUAGAUUGAAGUCUAACGCUAAUCAACAACAACCAGGAACUCAUUUUGCAAUUGUUCAAACAAAUUCCGACCCAAGCAAAGUGAAAUACUAUGGCGUAAAAUGUGAUUUUAGUAUUUAUAAUCCACAUGUCACCCCGCAACAAUAUUCAUCGGCAGAAAUUAUCAUUCAAAAUGGUAAUGAUCGGAUACAAUUUGGUUGGACUGCUGGUCAAUCACAUUGCUACAACAUGUUAUGCCCUGGAUUCGUUAACGUCAAUAAACGCGUUCCAAUUGAUAUUGCCACGAAAGGAACCACGAUAAGAGGAAGUACGAAAAUAUGGUUUGUGUCGCCCUUUGUUUACCAGGAUCCUAAAACAGGGCAUUGGUGGCUACUACUACGCAACCCAGUCACACCAGACAUCAUUGUUGGUUAUUGGCCACGAGAGAUAUUCACCGGUUUGGCAAAUGGCGCGACUUAUAUUGCAGUUGGUGGAGAGGCAUAUAGCCCCCCUGCUCAGCCUCUUCCUGCCAUGGGAAACGGCUAUUAUCCUGUUGAAGAUGCUACAUUAUCUGCAUUUUGUUCUGGAUUUGGGGUUUUAGAUGCAAAUCAUCAACAGAUUAGCCCUAAACAAACUGUAAAGUAUGCCGAUAACUGGCAUUAUGGAGUCUAUGAUAGAGAACAUUAUGAGAAUUUAGGGAGAACAAUCUUUUUCGGUGGUACUACAAUGUAA